AUGAGCAGCAAAGUCACUGCGGCCACCCCGCUCUCUUCCCCAGCCCCCCCUGCUGCCCCCGUGAACCCCCCAUCUCCCCUGGGGGAGGAACAGGAGGUGGUCACCACUUUUUGCACCCUCCUCCCAAAGAUGCCCCAGUGGAAAUUCUCCAGCCCGUCCGGCUUCCUCAGCCGCAGCCCGUCCAGUGCCAACAAAGAUCUCUCCUCAUCGGUCAAAACCGGCAGCCUGGCAGAGGCCGAAGGCGUCGCGGUGCCUUCAUCGGCCUCGGGGUCAGGCCUGGCCGCCGUCCUCAGUGCUUGCGAACCGGUCUGUGCCACACCCUGCAGCAGGCUGAAAGGAGGGACGUCCGAGAGCAGGAAGACGCCUCGGGCCCCGGGGCCCCGAGCCCCUGGGGAGGAGUGGAGCCGGAAAGGGAGUUUCAUCAGCAAACCGGUCCAAGGUUGGCUGCAUCCCGACGACCGAGUUUUAGGCCCCGGAGUCUCCUACAUCGUCCGAUAUAUGGGUUGCAUUGAGAUCCUGCAAUCAAUGAGAUCUUUGGAUUUUAACACCCGGACACAGGUCACCAAAUUGGUUGAUAUCUGGUUCUGUUUUUCCCAGGCGCCCAACAAAAGCCUGUUUUCAAUUCUUGGCAAGAGCAAUCUCCGAUUCGCUGGCAUUAGCAUAGCUGUCAACAUUUCCAUCGAUGGUUUGAACCUGAUGAUCCCCACCACCAGACAGGAAAUGCGGGACUAUCCUACUAUCGUUGAAAAGCCAGAAUGCCAACUACAGGAAGUCCUCGACUUAUGA